UGCAUAUUAUUGUCUGCCAAAUUAUCGAUAGACUGCAUGUAGACAAACUUAGUUAGAACAAGAAGUCUGCCUGAUGGAUUCAUCUUCGGAAAAACCUCUCAAGCCUCCGUCGGAUCUGAUACGGCUUGGCGCAGGCGGGACGCUUGUGGAGGACGCCGAUGAAGAAACAUUCGAGCUUUACUCAAAUCUCGCGAAUACCGGUUCGGAAGAUUCAAACAACGCUAGGAAGGGCGGCCUUGGUUUCCUCGAUUCGCACAAAGACACCCUCGAGAUCGACUUCGAGCUUCAACCACCGUCGGUCCCUCUCGACUCUGCCUCGAGCCCAAAGCUUCGGCAUUCGAGGGUCAAGAGUCACAAAGCGAAGAAGUCCGAGCUUCAGAGCAAAAAUAUCUCGGUCAGCAUUCACCAGGAUAUAGGCGCGUUGAGGAAUAGAAAGGGAGAUACUGGUAGCGUGGUAUGGAGAGCAAGCCUCUUUCUGGCCGAAUUCCUGUUGCAGCAGUUCUACUUCCCCCUUCCCACAAUGACGCCUCUGUUAAACCCAACUCUGGCCAAAACCUCCUCGGUCCUGGAACUCGGCGCGGGAACAGGUCUCUCUUCGGUCUUGUUACACGAAAUCUUCGGAUCGUGGACCGCCACGGACCAAUAUGACAACCUCAAGCUCAUCUCUCGAAAUCUCAAGGAGAACAAGCUGGAAGAUGUCGUCGGGAUCAGAGAGGUCGAUUGGUUUCAGAGCUUGGAGAAGGCUUCUCAGUCAUCAAAUCGGCAGGAGGGUGGAGAUUAUGACCUCAUGCUCGCUAUCGAUUGCAUCUAUAACGAAGCGUUGAUCAAACCGCUCGUAGCCACCUUUGACCGGUAUACGACGCGCAGAAAGACACUUGUCUGGGUCGUCAUCGAGCUGAGGUCGUCGGAUGUGGUAACGGCUUUCCUCGAAGAAUGGCUUUCGCAUGACGGGUGGACGAUAUAUAGGCUGGGAGAAGAGGCGAUGGGACCUAAGAUGGCGAGAGGUUUCGUUGGCUGGAUAGGUUGGCGCGAAUAAAAAGGUGACCCUGAAAGUACCUCAUCAGGAUACUCGGCGCGAGGCUCUGGACCAUCGUCGUGGUGCGGUGCGAGCCUCUUAUAUUUCGUACGUUUGUACCGAUAGUUCGUUGUACACGAGCGCAAUCCCACUAAGCUUACCAAAG